UAAUCCUGACGUCCGAUACAGCAAUCCAUAGAAAGAGAAUGCUGACAAGUCAAUCGCACGGUGUCUCUAGCCCAAAGAGCGAGGUCACUGCGCUUGUAGUCGAUGACGACAAGGUUAGCCAAAUGAUUCACCACCAGCUGCUGAACAUCCUUGGAAUCGAGAAUGAUGUCGUUGUGGACGGGAAACAAGCUGUUGACAUCCACCUAUCUGGCAAGAAAUUUGACCUCAUUCUCAUGGAUAGGGACAUGCCUGUCAUGAAUGGCAUAGAGGCAACAAAGAAACUCCGAGAUAUGGGCAUUAGGAGCACCAUUGCAGGCGUUUCGUCUCACUCAUCCUCAAAAGAAAAACAAGAAUUCAUCGAAGCGGGUCUUGAUGUCUAUCAUGAGAAGCCUUUGUCAGCUGCUAAGCUCCUCUCUGUUGUCAGUAAGAUGAAGCACACGGCAUAG